CCGGUGUUCCAGCCCCGGGCGAUCAUGUCGUUGCUGCGGGGGCCGAGGCUGGGUGGGCUGUGGUCCCGCCCCCCGGCGACCGGAGCGAGCCACCGUUGGUCCGCGAUCCCCGGCCGCCCCCGGGCCUCCUCCAGCCAGGCCGCCCGCAUGGCGGUGAGCGUGCGCGUGGAGCCGCCUGGGCCCUGCCCGUGGGACGAGGCGGUGCGGGUGUCGGUCCGGGGCCUGGGCCCGGGGCAGGCGGUGACGGUGCGCGCCUCGCUGCUGGACGAGUCCGGGGAGCCGUUCGGGGCGCGGGGCCGCUACCGGGCGGACGGCGGCGGGCGGCUGGAGCUGGAGCGGGCGGCGGCGGGGCCGGGCGGCAGCUUCUCCGGCCUGGAGCCCAUGGGGCUCAUCUGGGCCCUGCGGCCCCAACGGCCCCUGUGGCGGCUGGUCAAGCGGGACGUGCGGACCCCGUUCCGCGUCGAGCUGCAGGUGCUGGACGGCCACGGCCCCGCGGACGGGCCCGUGCUGGCCGCCGCCCUGCACGAGCGGGUCUUCAUGGCCCCCGGCGUCACGAGGAUCCCCGUGCGCCAAGGCAGCGUGCGAGCCACCCUCUUCCUGCCCCCAGGUCCAGGCCCUUUCCCCGGUAUCAUUGACCUAUCUGGAGCUGGAGGCGGUCUCUCCGAAUACAGAGCCAGCCUGCUUGCUGGUCGCGGUUUCGCCAUGCUCGCUCUCGCUUAUUACAACUACGACGACCUCCCCAAAGAGAUGAAGGAUUUGCACCUGGAAUAUUUUGAAGAGGCUGUGGAAUACCUCCGGAAACACCCGCAGGUGAAAGGGCCUGGGAUUGGGCUGCUUGGGAUCUCAAAAGGCGGCGACCUUUGCCUGUCCAUGGCCUCCUUCCUGAAGGGUAUCGCCGCCACGGUCACCGUCAACGGCUCCGUGGCCAACGUGGGCGCGGCGUUGCACUACAAGGGCACCACCAUCCCGCCGAUCGGCUUCGACCCCGGGCGGAUCAGGUUCACCCAGUCAGGCCUGGUGGACAUCGUGGACGUCCUGAACAACCCCCUGGAGGAGCCCGACACCCAGAGCUUCAUCCCGGUCGAGAAGGCCGAGAGCCGCUUCCUGUUCAUCGUCGGCCAGGACGACCACAACUGGAAGAGCGAGUUCUUGGCCACCGAAGCCGCCAAACGGAUUCAGGCCCACGGAAAGGAGAAGCCCCAGAUCAUCUGCUAUCCCGGCGCCGGGCACUACAUCGAACCCCCGUACUUCCCCAUGUGUCCGGCCUCCGUGCACGCUCUGGUGGGCAGGCCGGUCAUCUGGGGUGGGGAACCCAAGGCCCACUCCGUGGCUCAAGUGGACGCCUGGCAGCAGAUCCAGAUCUUCUUCCGCAGACACCUGGGCGGCAACCCGGAGGUGACCCCCGCCAACUUAUAACUCCGCGGCGCGGCGCCAGGACGAUGGGAGCGACCGGCGGGUCGGAGAAGGAGAAGGAAAGAAUCCCCCGGCAGAUCACGGUCAGUUAGGGAGGAAUCGUUUCAGAUCAUUCUCCGGUAGGCCUUGACCGGUUAUUUUCGGAGCAGACCCCGUCCCCCCGCGGUAAAAGUCAGGUCCCCGGGGAGAAAUGGAGCUUGUGGGAGAAGGGAGUUAGUCUGGGAGGUUUUUCUUUAAUUUAUGUUCAUCGUUGCAGCCGACUUCACAGGGCUUUUGAUUUCCAAAUUCCGCUCCCCGCUUUCCGUUGAGGAGGAUCCGUUUACUAACUGAAAGCCUUUAAAACUAACCAGGCCUAAUAUUAUUGGCAGACCGUGUCCAAGUCUGGAAUCACCAAAGCUGCCGACUUAAAAAUUCUUCAUUAAAGUGAGUUUGUACUUGGA